AUGGCAAGUAUAGCAUCAUUCGUACACCCCCCAUUCACACUUACUUAUGCCAUUCCUACAGGCCCGAUUGUCCGUGUAGCACCGAAUUGGUACAGCGUCUCUGAUCCCACGGCUACAAAGUUGAUCUACGGCCAUGGCUCCAAGUAUCAAAAGUCAGACUGGUACGAUGCCUGGAACUUCAGCAGUGACUUAAGUUUAACAAACUUGUUCUCUGAGAGAUCCUCUAAGAAACAUGCGGAGGAUCGCAAAAAGGUUGCUUCUUUGUAUUCAAUGACUUCCUUGGUGGCAUAUGAGCCAUUUGUCGAUGAUUGCAUUGAGAUUUUCAAACAGCGACUAGAUGAGUUUGCGAUGAAGGGACAGAUGAUUGACAUGGGACAUUGGUUGCAGUGUUAUGCUUUUGAUGUUAUUGGAAAGAUUACUUUUGGUGAUAGGUUCGGAUUCCUUGAUGCGGGCAACGAUGUAGGAAAUGUAAUCCAGUUCCUCGAUGGCUCCUUCACCAUAAGCUCCUACUUUGGGCUAUACGUCUGGCUCCGUCCAAUAUUCAUGAAGCUAUCCGAAUACCUAGGCAUGGAUCAAACCUAUGUGACUAACUUCAGCUUCCAACACAUCCAAGAGGCAAAAGCAACAAUAAAGAAUUAUCGCACCGAUCUUCCCUCUCAUAUGACUAUGAAGGUUGUCCAAGCUCAAGCACAGAAUCCAGAGAAGCUUUCCGACUAUGACAUACUAGCCACCGCUAGUGCGAAUGUUGGGGCAGGAAGUGAUACCACGGCUAUCAGUCUAAGCUCAAUUCUGUACCACUUGCUUCAAGCCCCUAGGUGUAUGGAAAGAUUGCGAGAGGAAAUAAGAUCGUCUGGAACCACUGGCAACCCGACUUUCAAAGAGACGCAGACAAUGCCCUAUCUUCAGGCUGUUAUGAAAGAGGCCUUGCGUGUCCAUCCUGCUACAGGAUUUCCAAUGUUCCGCGUUGUUCCUCAGGGCGGGGAGGUGCUUGCUGGUCAAUUCUUUCCAGAGGGGACAAAUGUCGGUGUAAACAGUUGGGUCUUACACUACGAUACAAACAUCUACGGACCGGACGCAGCUACCUUUAGACCUGAACGAUGGCUCGAAGCAGAUGAACAGCAGUCCAAACUGAUGGAGCAAGGCUUCAUGCCAUUUGGUAUGGGAUCAAGAACUUGCAUUGGGAAGAAUAUUUCAUUGCUGGAAAUGAGUAAAUUGAUCCCAGUCUUGGUGCGAGACUUUGAUUUCGAGUUGAGUCAGGAUAGCAAGGUUAAUGGAUGGACGACUCGGACCAGAUGGUUCGUCAAACCGAGAGACUUUAAGGUGAUACCUACAAGGAGAAUAUAG